GCGGCUCCAUGUUAUGACGAAGAAAGUACUGAACAAGCUACAGAUUCUCUGGAAACGACAUCACAAGAGGAUUCCGUUUCUGACAAUGUAGAACUAUUCCAGAAAACUUCGAAAGAUCAAGUUCUGAAACAGCUCACCGCGAUAGCUAAAGAGCCUAAAUCAAGUGUGGAAGAGCCAAAAAGUCAGGAAACUAUGGAGGAUAUAACAGCUGCUGAAGAGAGUACCGGUAUACCUCAAAAGAGACUCUGCUUAAGAUCUCCAGAACGUAAGGAAACUCCAGAAUUAACACGUCCUCGACCAAGAAUCAGCGCUCGGCUCUCUCGUGGGUCAGCAAAACGAUGA